UGUGAUUGAAAAACCCGUCCGACAACUAAACCCCCGUUUAAGCUAUGGUUUCGACUGAACAGUUGUCGGCUAUUAUCGGCAAACUGUUGCCCGCUAUCGACCUACAGAUGACCACAUAUAUUGCCGAUGUACUCAAAGAUAAUCACUUUGAUUCGGUGGACGACGUGAACGAAGCGAUCGGCGAACUGGUCGAGUCGUGUUCUGACAGCUGUCUCGUCGAUGACAUUUGUGGCAAACUAUUUGAUGCCAUCAAUGUAUCGGCGACGUCUAAGAAUGGCGACAGUCAACGACUCUUAGCGCCGGUACAGUUGUCGUCGAUGACAUCAAGAUUGGAUGACGCGGCCGACGAUUGGAAGUCCAUUUGGACUUCAGGUCGCGACAAGAUAUCUACUGUCGACCAGAAAAAACUGGAGAAAGCAGAGACCAAAUUAAAACAAAAGGCCGACAAACGUGAUAACAUCGUAACAGAUGUCAAACCAAUUCAAAUGCUUAAAGAGGCCACAGCAAAUCAAAUGACAUCCAAGAGAGAUGUCAAAUCUGAGGCCAGGGGUAGCAAUAAGACUAAAGACAUUAAAGUCGAGAACUUUGAUUUGGCUUUCGGUGAUCACGUACUGCUUAGCGGCGCUCAAAUGACACUCGGUUAUGGCCGACGCUACGGGUUGUGUGGUCGCAACGGUAUCGGGAAGUCGACAUUGCUUCGCAUGAUAUCCAACAGAUCGCUAAUGAUUCCGUCACAUAUUUCUAUAUUACACGUCGAACAAGAAGUUAUCGGUGACGAUACCAAAGCAAUUGAAUCCGUACUUGAAUGUGAUUUUCAAAGACAUGAAUUGCUUAAAGAGGAAAAGCAAUUGUCGUUAUUAAGUGAACCGACACCCGAACAAGUUGAACGACUUAGUGAAGUCUAUCAACACUUGACUGCCAUUGAGGCGGAUAAGGCACCGGCCAAGGCUUCCAUUAUAUUAUCAGGUCUUGGUUUUACUCAUGAGAUGCAACAACGGGCGACCAAAACAUUUUCUGGUGGUUGGCGUAUGAGAAUAGCAUUAGCAAGAGCUUUGUUUUCGCGACCAGAUCUGCUAUUACUUGACGAGCCGACUAACAUGUUAGACAUGAAAGCCAUAAUUUGGUUGGAACAGUAUCUCAUUAACGAAUGGGAGUCAACAUUGUUGGUUGUGUCGCACGACCGAACCUUUUUGGCAUCGGUGCCCACAGAUGUACUACACUUUCAUUCACAUCGUAUCGAUAAUUAUAAAGGAAAUUACGAACAAUUUGUUAAAUCCAUGACUGAGAAACUGAAGAAUCAGAUCCGUGAAUAUGAGGCACAACAACAAUAUCGACAACACGUACAAGAGUUCAUCGAUAAGUUUAGAUAUAAUGCCAAACGGGCAUCACUUGUUCAAAGUAAAAUCAAAGCACUCGAGCGACUGGAAGAGGUACCUCCAGUGGAACGGGAGGCCGAUGUGAUACUCCGUUUCCCCGAACCCGAAGCACUGACGCCACCAGUCCUACAGUUAGAUGAGGUGACGUUUGGUUACGAUAAGUCACAGAUUAUAUUGAAUAAAAUCAGUUUAAACACUAAUCUCGAAUCGAGAAUAUGUAUCGUCGGUGACAACGGUUCGGGUAAAACUACUUUAUUGAAACUAUUGAUCGGAGAUUUAGAGCCGACGAGCGGUAUUCGUCAGGCACACAGAACCCUUUCCAUUGGUUACUUUAGCCAACACCACGUCGACCAGUUAUCUAUGAAUUUAUCGCCGCUACAGUUUAUGGCCACUAAAUUUCCCGGUAAAACUGAGGAAUACUAUAGAGGAUAUUUAGGCAGAUUCGGUAUAACCGGUGAUUUGAGUUUACAAUCGAUGGCCUCUCUAUCGGGAGGACAAAAAUCUAGGGUUGCAUUCGCUAAUAUGACUCUCUCUAAUCCACAUUUGCUUAUUUUGGACGAACCGACAAAUCAUUUGGAUGUCGAAACCGUGGAAGCGUUGGCCAAAGCUCUCAAUCAAUAUAAAGGAGGCGUCAUUUUGGUGACACACGACCAACAACUUAUUGAAAUGGUCUGUAAAGAGCUCUGGUAUUGCAAUAAUAAAUCGGUAACAUGUUUGGAGGGUGGGUUCACACAAUAUCGACAUAUUAUUGAAACAGAUUUGGCAAAUAUUAGGUAAAAUUGGAGAUAAUUAGGCAUUAAGUUAUUAUUAUUGUUUUUCCAAACAAAACAUCCAUAACUAAUAGAUA